AAUCACUAUGAUAGGGGUGAGACAGGGACAUCCUUCUAGCUGCGCUUUCUUCCUUAUUUGUGUACUCUGCAGUUCUCCUGUCUGCAGUCGAGUCAUCCCGCCACGCCAUGUCGUUAGGGCUGAUGAACCUCCCGCCAAGGACAGUCUCGUGGAGAUGCUGAUGAACCGGCUUACCCAAGUCAGCGGGUCGUCCCCGAGAGACGUGAACGACCUGUACGCACCAACACAUCUACGUCACUACACUGAAGGCAAGGGUGCCGUCGUGGUCACACACCAACAGCGGCGUGUGUAUGAAGCUACCAGGGACGAGUCUGGUGAAAGCGAUUACCAGAUGGUUUGGAGCAAAGAUGGCGUGCUCCGGAUAGAUGGUGAAAUGUUUAGACUGGGCUCUGUGAGGAAACUAGCAUCGUUCUCACCCGUGUCCUGGUUGCUGCAAGGGGAGAGAACCGUGGGUGGAUGCGGAGGGGAAGACGAUAAAGGUGAUGACAGAAAUCAUGACAGGGUAAAGAGAAGUGCUGCUGGUGAUAAAGAUGACAAUGGUCCAGAUGAUAAAGAUGACAAUGGCCCAGAUGAUAAAGAUGACAAUGGCCCAGAUGAUAAAGAUGACAAUGGCCCAGAUGAUAAAGAUGACAAUAGCCCAGAUGAUAAAGAUGACAAUGGCCCAGAUGAUAAAGAUUGUGAUGAAGACGAUAAAGGCGGUGACAGAAAUGAUGACAGGGUAAAGAGAAGUGCUGCUGAUGAUAAAGAUGACAAUGGUCCAGAUGAUAAAGAUGACUAUGGCCCAGAUGAUAAAGAUGACAAUGGCCCAGAUGAUAAAGAUUGUGAUGAAGAUGAAGACGAUAAAGGCGAUGACAGAAAUGGUAACAGGGUAAAGAGAAGUGCUGCUGAUGAUAAAGAUGACAAUGGCCCAGAUGAUAAAGAUGACAAUGGCCCAGAUGACAAAGAUUGUGAUGAAGAUGAAGACGAUAAAGGCGAUGACAGAAAUGAUGACAGGGUAAAGAGAAGUGUAAAGAGAACUGCCGCUGAUGAUAAAGAUGACAAUGGCCCAGAUGAUAAAGAUUGUGAUGAAGAUGAAGACGAUAAAGGCGAUGACAGAAAUGAUGACAGGGUAAAGAGAAGUGCCGCUGAUGAUAAAGAUGACAAUGGUCCAGAUGAUAAAGAUUGUGAUGAAGAUGAAGACGAUAAAGGCGAUGACAGAAAUGAUGACAGGGUAAAGAGAAGUGCUGCUAAUGAUAAAGAUGACAAUGGCCCAGAUGAUGAAGAUGAUAAUGGUUCAGAUGAUAAAGAUUGUGAUGAAGACGAUAAAGGUGAUGACAGAAAUGAUGACAGGGUAAAGAGAAGUGCUGCUGAUGAUAAAGAUGACAAUGGUCCAGAUGAUAAAGAUGACAAUGGCCCAGAUGAUAAAAAUGACAAUGGCCCAGAUGAUAAAGAUUGUGAUGAAGAUGAAGACGAUAAAGGCGAUGACAGAAAUGAUAACAGGGUAAAGAGAAGUGCUGCUGAUGAUAAAGAUGACAAUGGUCCAGAUGAUAAAGAUGACAAUGGUCCAGAUGAUAAAGAUUGUGAUAAAGACGAUAAAGGCGAUGACAGAAAUAAUAACAGGGUAAAGAGAAGUGCUGCUGAUGACAAAGAUGACAAUGGCCCAGAUGAUAAAGAUGACAAUGGCCCAGAUGAUAAAAAUGACAAUGGCCCAGAUGAUAAAGAUUGUGAUGAAGAUGAAGACGAUAAAGGCGAUGACAGAAAUGAUGACAGGGUAAAGAGAAGUGCUGCUGAUGAUAAAGAUGACAAUGGUCCAGAUGAUACAGAUUGUGAUGAAGAUGAAGACGAUAAAGGCGAUGACAGAAAUGAUGACAGGGUAAAGAGAAGUGCCGCUGAUGAUAAAGAUGACAAUGGUCCAGAUGAUACAGAUUGUGAUGAAGAUGAAGACGAUAAAGGCGAUGACAGAAAUGAUGAUAGGGUAAAGAGAAGUGCUGCUGAUGAUAAAGAUGACAAUGGUCCAGAUGAUAAAGAUGACAAUGGUUCAGAUGAUACAGAUUGUGAUGAAGAUGAAGACGAUAAAGGCGAUGACAGAAAUGAUGACAGGGUAAAGAGAAGUGCUGCUGAUGAUAAAGAUGACAAUGGUCCAGAUGAUAAAGAUGACAAUGGUCCAGAUAUUAAAGAUUGUGAUGAAGAUGAAGACGAUAAAGGCGAUGACAGAAAUGAUGACAGGGUAAAGAGAAGUGCCGCUGAUGAUAAAGAUGACAAUGGUCCAGAUGAUAAAGAUUGUGAUGAAGAUGAGGACGAUAAAGGCGAUGACAGAAAUGAUGACAGGGUAAAGAGAAGUGCUGCUGAUGAUAAAGAUGACAAUGGUCCAGAUGAUAAAGAUGACAAUGGCCCAGAUGAUAAAGAUUGUGAUGAAGAUGAAGACGAUAAAGGCGAUGGCAGAAAUGAUGACAGGGUAAAGAGAAGUGCCGCUGAUGAUAAAGAUGACAAUGGUCCAGAUGAUAAAGAUUGUGAUGAAGAUGAAGACGAUAAAGGCGAUGACAGAAAUGAUGACAGGGUAAAGAGAAGUGCUGCUGAUGAUAAAGAUGACAAUGGUCCAGAUGAUAAAGAUGACAAUGGUCCAGAUGAUAAAGAUGACAAUGGUCCAGAUGAUAAAGAUUGUGAUGAAGAUGAAGACGAUAAAGGCGAUGACAGAAAUGAUGACAGGGUAAAGAGAAGUGCCGCUGAUGAUAAAGAUGACAAUGGUCCAGAUGAUAAAGAUUGUGAUGAAGAUGAAGACGAUAAAGGCGAUGACAGAAAUGAUGACAGGGUAAAGAGAAGUGCUGCUGAUGAUAAAGAUGACAAUGGUCCAGAUGAUAAAGAUGACAAUGGUCCAGAUGACAAAGAUUGUGAUGAAGAUGAAGACAAUAAAGGCGAUGACAGAAAUGAUGACAGGGUAAAGAGAAGUGCCGCUGAUGAUAAAGAUGACAAUUGCCCAGAUGAUAAAGAUGACAGUGGUCCAGAUGAUAAAGAUGACAAUGGUCCAGAUGAUAAAGAUUGUGAUGAAGAUGAAGACGAUAAAGGCGAUGACAGAAAUGAUUACAGGGUAAAGAGAAGUGCUGCUGAUGAUAAAGAUGACAAUGGUCCAGAUGAUAAAGUGAAAAAGAGAAGCACUGUCGAUGAUAACAGUAAGGGAGACGAUUGUAAAGAUGAAAAAGACGACAAAGAUGAAGAGAAAUACAGAAGUAGGAAAAAACAGGCUGCUGAAAAAUAAAAAAAGACAGAAAGAAUAGAAUAUUUAGAAGCUGAUAAAUGUUUCUUGCAAAGUUUGAUAAUUUGUUGGAACUAUCCCAGACCCACCAGCCGCACCCUGGUUGGAAAAGACGGCAAGCAUGGCGUGCAGCCACUAUGUGAACAUUUAACACGUUUACUGGUAAAGACGUGACAAGGAGCUCCAUGAUGUUGUUUACUGAUAACAUUGUGAUCUUUUGUAAAUUGGUUUGUCUGGCCAAGGGUUGUGGAAAAGCUGGAAUAUUGGGGAGUGGUUACAUUUACAAACACCUGAAGUCGCUCAGAAAGUGUAGCAGGGUCACCAAUGUUUGAGAUUCUGAUGCAUCGAAUCAUUGCCAUUUACAAAAGUUCAUUACAUUGGCUAACAGAAGCAACCAGCAAGUUGUAAUAAAUAUAAUU